AUGAGGCCUCCCACGAUACAGCGCCGGGCGGCGGGGCUUUCCCCUUGCCUCCCGGCAGCCACUGGCAGUCACAUGCAGGCCGCCACCGCCGAGCCACACGACCGGAGACGCGUCAGCGCGGCGCUGGGCUGCACCUCACAGAUGGCGAAGGCGAACGACAACCUGCUGCUGGUGCGCUGGGACCAGCACGAGGCGCAGCUGCUGGAGCGGCUCUGCGGGUACUUCACGGAGAACGCGUUCGUCGACGUGACGCUGUGGUGUCCGGACCGCCGCUUCAAGGCCCACCGCGUCCUGCUCUCCGCAUGCAGCGAUUACCUGGAGCGCGUGCUGCUGGAGCAGCCGAGCUGCGGCGCGGAGCCGGUUACGGUGGUGCUGCACGGCGUGGAGCCGGAUGACCUGGGCCGCCUGCUGGACCUCAUCUACAGGGGAGAGGCGCGCGUCUCGGCCGGCGACCUGCCGCGCUUCCUGGAGACGGCAGCGGCUCUGGGCGUGCGCCUGCUGCAGUCGGCCGCGCUGCGCGUCUGCGCCGCCGAGCCCGACGCCGCCGCCGCCGCCGCCGCCGCCGCCGACUCCGCCACGGGCCGGUGCUCGCGUCCCUCCACCGCUGACAAGCAGGAGCAAUGCGUCGAAGGAAAAUCCCAGGCCGACAGUCACCAGUCGUCAGGAAAUGUCACCGACAUGAUACCACCAGCUGUGACAGCGUCGAUUACACCUUUCCUAACUGAAAAACCAUCGGCGACCGUAGACCACCAGCUUACGGAGUCGAAAGUGCAUUUUCCGUCGACGAAGAGCGCAGAACAACGUCCAUAUAGCCCGAAGAAUCACCUGGAAUGUGCAGAGACACUGACUCCACUGCCUUCCCGGGACUCCAUCACGCAGACGGCACCGCAGUGUGACGUAACCAUACCGCAAGUAGAACGCGAGCAGACGACGACGACGUGGAGCACUCCGACAGCGGUGGCGCUGCCGCUGCAGCAACCGACGACCGACGUGAAGAGCCCGCCGCGGCCGCUGGCUCUGCCGCCGGCUCAGCCCCCGCUGCCGCCCGCUUGCGAGGUCUCCGCCGGAGUCCUGCCGGAUUCGCAGGCUGCGGCGGCACCUGCCUCCCAGGCCGGUGGCGUCAGCGCCGGCACCGGGUACUGCACGGCGGGCGCGCCGCCCAACGUGUGGCAGGUGCCGCCCUCGCUCCCAUCGCUGCAGGUGGUGGGCAGAGUGCCGCUGUGCACAGGGACGGGCCCGUGGGUGGCGGCGAGAGCGCACCGCCGCGCCUUCUCACCGCAGGCCGGCCGCCAGCUGCAGCAGCACCAACCAGAGAUGUCGAGCGGGUCCGACAGCUUCUCCAGCCUGCUGCGCGACGCCGAGCUGCCCGCCGAGCGCCUCUUCCCUCUCAGGGAAAUGCCGCCCCUCCCCUGUCCGGAGGCAGUCUCCAUGCCGCAUUCGGGAUCACCUCUGCAGGGACCGUCUCAGUCGGACGACAGACAUCACGAAAUGAAGACCGAACGUAAGGCCGAAGACCAGAUGAUCGCAAAAAAUGAGACCCAACAACAGGCAGAUAACAACCAGCAACAGACAGAAGAACAGAAACUGAAGCAACGCAGCAAACCGAACACGUGCGAAGAGUGUGGCAAAACUUUCGCCACGCGCUACUCUCUUAAGGAGCACAUGCGCACACAUACAGGAGAAAAGCCCCACCUGUGUGCACAGUGCGGGAAGCGCUUCAGCCAGCGGCGUAAUUACCGCUACCACCUGUCGCUGCACUCCGGGUCGCGGGAGUUCGCGGCCGAGUGCCCCGAGUGCGGCAAGACGUUCAGCAACCGCAGCUACCUGAGCUCCCACAUGAAGAUCCACCGCAACCAGCGCGAGUACGCGUGCGGCGAGUGCGGCAGGCGCUUCAACCAGCGCGUCGCCUACAACAUGCAUAUCCGCAUCCACUCAGGAGACCGGCCACACCGCUGCACCGUCUGUGACAAGGCCUUCUCCCGCAAAGUGCUGCUCAAGCAGCACAUGCGCACCCACACGGGUGAGAAGCCCUUCACCUGUCAGGUGUGCGACAAACAGUUCGCGGACCGCAGCAACAUGGCGCUACACGCGCGCUCCCACUGGGGUAUCAAGCCGUACCACUGCCAUCACUGCGGCCGCUCCUUCUCGCGGAGGAACAACCUACGCUCUCACAUGGUCAGCCACAUGCCUGGAGUCGAACUGGGGACCGCCCAAUACUCGCCAACUGCACCGGGAGCGCCUGCGCCGCAGCAGCGCAGGUUGCAGUCAGCGGCGUUGCGAUCCACCAGCGUCAUCAUCAGGACCGCUACGGCCACACGUGGAGCUAAAGCCAGCCCAGGCGAUGGCCGCGCCUCUACAGGCACAUAA